GGAAUGACAAUGGUAUUUUAUUCAAAGCAACUUAAGCCUCAGGCGAUUUAUUAUCUAGUACUUAUUCUCCGUGAGCGAUCAGUUGACUCAUUUUCAAACAGUGUUGGAAAGUGGAGGAAUUUCGUUCCCCAAGGACAUGCAGGAGUUACAGAGCCUGCUAAAUGCAAUAAUGUACACCCUGAACAGCAAGUCAAAGCUUGCAGAUAUCAGGAGUACCCCAGUGGGACAGUACCUUGAUGGCCACCCCUUUUUUGCCCUGGCCCUGCUGUUGUUUGGUGCCAUGGCAACAGUACCUGUUGGCCUCUUCCUGACCUUCGCUAUUGUCUCGUUUGUUGGGCUUGUCUUCCUGCAAGGUUUCCUGCUGUCGCUCAGUGGAAUAGCCCUGCUGUGUGUGCUCUGUGGUCUCGCCAUCAUUGCCUUCGCUGUGUCUGCCAUCCUCCGUGUCUUCUACAUCACAGCCUCCAACAUGCUUGACUAUUACUACAGCCGCCGCUCAGCCCACGUGAAGCAGGAAACCAUUGGAAGCGGUCCAGGAUGUGAGAGUGACGCGUCUUCCUGCCCCGACCCAAGUUUUCAAAAACAGAAAGGACAGUAACAGCAGAGCCAGGAUGCUUUCCCACACCUGCUAGGAAAACAUCAACACAUUUCAAAAAGCACUGAGCACAAAACACAUGUAUGUAAUAUUAUCAUCAGCAGUUCUGUAGUGUAAUAUUUACAUGCAGUUGGGUUAAAUUUAGUAGCACAUUAUCCUUAUAUUUGUGUGUGUGUGUUCUACUAUCAGUUUUGAGUCUGCUUUGUGUUUUAAGUUUAACAAAGGAUUUGCAUCUCCAUUGAAUAUUAUUUUGCAAAUUAAUUAAUAAUAUAAUUUCAGUUAUAGUGAACAAAUCCAUUUUUGCAUUAAUUGUAAUAACACCCAAGAGCACAUUAGUUGAAAUAAUUGCUAUAUAUGUGUAUGUGUAAUCCCCUUAAUUUUUUCUUGUUCCAUACCCAUCACUAAGAAGCCACCUACAAUGUAUGCCAAACUUUAUAUACGGUAUAGCAUUAUUAUUACCCAAAACAGAAAAUUGUUGUGACUUUUCUAUCAUGAAGAUAUGGAAUGUGCCUGUUUUCCAUUUUAUUAUUCUACUGGGGAAAGCAGUUUUCCCCCACUUUAUUCUUCUGGAGGUGCGAAGGGAUGUUACUCCCAGUUUCUGUUGAUCAGGUCUCAGGCAGGUUUUCAGGGAUUAUUGACUGAUCUCUUUGGAAGAUUUGUGGAGAUUGACACAUGAAUCUGAUAACAAGAUUCUGACUAAAGUUAUGGAAUGUGGUGUUGUACUUCCAUUGUUGCUAUCAAGGCUAAUGAUCUCUGCAUUAUCUUGUUAAGUUUUGAUCUAAUUUUGUAUUGGAUAAUUUGUCCACUUCAGUUACCCUCCAUAAGCCUAAAAUGAUUAUUCUUACUGCCUUUUCUAAUGUGGCAAA